CCACUGUCCGCUUUCCCUUGGUGGUCCGCUCACAACUAGACCCACUGGAGAUGGCAGACGACCUUGGAGACGAGUGGUGGGAGAACCAGCCUGCAGGUGGAGCCAGCAGCCCAGGACUAUUCACGUUCUGCAUGUCUUACUCUCACGAAACCAGAUCAUCCUGUGUUCUCAUUCUCAAUGUCUUUUGCCCAGGUGAGACCCAAGGUGGUUACAUGACUUGCCCAAGGUUGUCAAACUAGUUGGAGCCUGGGUGUCCUGACUUUCUCAAGCCUCAAGCAUAUGCCUUUUCCCAUGGUACCAAAGGAGGACUGAUACCCUGAUCCUUUAUGAAUGCAGAAGCAUCAGGUGGUGAAGGAGGAGGAGACCCAGAAAUGCAGCAGGAGACAGCUCCAGUACCAGCCCUGUCAAAGAAGACCAAACAGCCUAAAGAAUGUUUCUUGAUACAACCAAAGGAAACAAAAGAAGAUGCCACCAAGACAAGGAAGAGAAGAAAGAAGAAAAUUACAGAUGUUCUUGCAAAAUCAGAGCCAAAACCAGGGACACCUGAAGACCUACAAAAACUGAUGAAGGACUAUUACAGCAGUAAUCGUUCAGUGAUUGAAUUAGAAGAACUAAACCUACCAGACUCCUGUUUCCUCAAGGCCAAUGAUUUGACUCAUAGUCUCUCAUCAUACCUAAAAGAAAUCUGCCCUAAGUGGGUAAAACUUCGGAAAAACCAUAAUGAGAAGAAAUCAGUCCUGAUGUUGAUCAUCUGCAGCUCUGCUGUCCGGGCCUUGGAGCUCAUUAGGUCAAUGACAGCAUUUAGAGGAGACAGCAAAGUUAUGAAAUUAUUUGCAAAACACAUUAAGGUCCAAGAGCAGGUAAAGUUGCUGGAGAAGCGUGUGGUACACCUGGGCGUAGGAACCCCGGGGAGAAUUAAAGAACUCGUUAAACAAGGUGGCCUUAAUUUGAACCCCUUAAAGUUUCUCGUUUUUGACUGGAACUGGAGAGAUCAGAAGUUGAGGAGAAUGAUGGACAUUCCCGAGAUAAGAAAGGAGGUUUUUGAACUUCUGGAAAUGGGAGUCCUCAGUCUAUGCAAGUCUGAAUCUUUGAAGCUCGGCCUUUUCUAAGUCUGGGUCCUAAUGAAAAUUCCAGUUUUUAUGGUGGGAUUUGCAUCUCAUUUAGUAGCUCUGGAAUAUUGCAAGGACUCAGUAAAUAUCAGCUAUUGUUUUAUUAUGUUAACUGGAUCACCCCAUGAAUCACUAGAAAUUUUUGGUGGAGAUUCUUUGACAGAAAUGGAGCUAUCCUUUGCCAACUUCUCUGUAUAAUAAAGUAUCACCAGCUUGUGUAUGA